AGCCGAUCUGUUUUGGACAGAGUCAGUCGCUGUUGACGAAGAACGAAUUUUUCCCUUCUUUACACCAUUGAAGUUCUACUAUGUAGCGCAAAUAUUAUUGCUAAGUGGGUGUUUAAGCUUCAUGCAGGGCGCCCACCAAAUAAUGUGUCUACUAACGAUUUUUCGCUUCCACUGAUAAACAACAAAGUGUGCGCCUUCUCGCGUAGCCGAUGUGCGGAGUUCUUGCCUUCAUUGCUAAAUACUGGGAAAGCGAGUGUCUCGUCAACACCACGGAACAAAAGUUUAAACAUUCAUGGUAGUCCCUACACCAUUUUUUGUGCUACGUGGUCAUUUGAGCAGCGUCACCAGCCUGUCGUUCGUUUCCGAUGGCAUUUUGUAUUCAGGUGAUGCCAAUGGAUGGAUGAUUUGCUGGGAUUUGUCAGUGAUGCGACCAACCCAUAUUUGGCGAGCUCAUACGAAAAGCAUUCUCGGUGUCUAUGGGUGUUCUAGCGAAGUCGUUUGGACUCAUGGUCGGGACAUGCAGGUUGCUCGAUGGCAUUUAAAUCCUCCGACAGGGGGCUCACAUAUACCACUUUCAUUGUUGCAUGCCAUCCAACAAGAAAAAAAGAAUGAUCAGCAAUCCUCGUCUUCUUUGACGAUAGUUUCCUCUGUUCACAAGGGGUACUUCUUCCAAACCAAUAAUCUCACUUUUUGCUCAUUCGCUAUAUCACCUGCCGCCGGCUUACUUGUUGUGCCUAACACUGUAAAUGCAGAGCAAUUGGAUGUGUAUGCUUUGAACGAUACCUCUGACAGUGAUCGCAGGGACAAUUGCGGUAAACGGCUGCAGCACGCAUUGGAGCCGAAACCACAGAUUGAAAAGACAGGUGCUGUGAUGUCAGUGGCAUUGCAUGUUAAAUAUAAUAAAGUCGUGCUUGUUGCCGGCUACGAGAGUGGACAUGUCGUUCAGUACAUUGCUGAUGUCGAUGCUGCCCAGAAAGUGAAUGUUUAUUUCCAGCAAGUUUGGCAGGUGAUGUAUGCAGAGAAAGUUCACAAGGAACCAGUGUUGUCUGUUGUCUUUGGUAAUGACAAUGGUUAUUUAUACUCGUCAAGUGCUGACGAUUACAUCGUUCGACAUACCAUCUGUCUCAGCAAGGAAACGCACACAAACCCCGAGUCAAUGAAAACCGGACAUCCUGGUCAACAGUGUCUCCGCGUGCGAAGUGACGAUAAGAUACUCGUGUCUGCCGGCUGGGAUGGCCGUGGUCGCGUGUACGGAGCUAAAUCUCUAGCCAAGCUUGCGGUACUAAAAUAUCAUAGUGAAACUUGCAAUUGCGCGGCAAUUCAACCGGGCUCAAACCUUAUUGCUCUCGGCAGUAAAGACAGUCGAAUAUCACUUUGGCAAAUCUACUAGAACGAAUAUUGACGAAAAAAAAUGUUUCGCAAAAAACGCUACAACGCUUAUAAAGCCAUCUUAGUCACAUGCAAAUUUAUUAUGAAUUUUUUCCUGCGUUACUGCAGUGUGCUCUUUCAUUUCGCUUUCUAAUCUAGCAUGUCCCAACAAACGAUCUUCUAGUUUUAUAUGGCAUUCUGUGAUGUUUUUCCUUCACAAUUCCUUUUUUUAAUUUUUGGUACAGCUACAUUCGCAACGCGCCCAGUCCGCUACCACCGACCACCACACCAGCAAACACUUGAAGGAUACCUAAA